GUUGAACAUGUAUUUAUGAACAAAAGAUUCUCUGCCAUGUAGCUCAGGAUGUGACGCCCCCAUCUUCCCUGCUACUAUAAAUAGCACGGAGCCGUGAUUCCCGUCAUUCUUCGAGAUCUCACCCCCGCCCCCUGAAUCUUCCACAGAGACUUCAAAAGGCGCAAGGGGGGCACUCGAGCGGAAAAGGUGUGUGACGAUGGCAUGAACCACAUAGACACCAUCAGGUAGGCAUCUUCUCCCCUUCUGUAUACAUCCUUCCUUCGUCACACCCACGCUUUCUCCCUGUGUCCUCUUCUUCCCUCCCACUCUUCCUCUCUCUUACACUGUCUUCCCUUCCCGGCUGGUCUUUUUCCUACUUCUGCUGCUGCUGCUGCUGGUGUCGGAGCGUCAGCAGCGUCGUCAGCAGCGUGUGCAUGCGCCGGUGGGGGGUUUCUUGCAGCUUCAGGGGAAGGCGUAUCGGAAGGAGUUUUCUCCACGUUCCUCGCGGUGGGCUCAGUCGGCCGGGGUUUGUCUGUCCGUCUCCAGGAUGAAGCUGUGCUUGAGCACGAGGUAGAACAAAGCAGUAACUCUGCAGGCCAGACUUAGGCGGUCUCCUUUGGGACAGUAACACGCGGUCAGCUCCUUGUGGUCGAGCCCUAUGAACACAUGACAGGGAAGGAACACAGACAAACCAUGAAAAAGAUAUACAUUGGCAAAACCGCCUUAAAAGUGCCCCGAAAUGGCGGCAAACACCUGAAAAAGAGCUCAUUGCUGGAGCAGAAAGAAGACCUGCGGAAGCGACUUUCCUACACCACGCACAAGCUGGAGCUGCUGCAGAGCGAGUUCGACGCCACGCGUCAGUACCUGGAGACCGAGCUGCGCCGCGCUCAGGAGGAACUGGACAAGUUUACCGAUAAACUGCGCCGGAUCCAAAGCAGCUACUCUGCACUGCAGAGGAUCAACCAAGAUCUGGAGGAGAAGAUUCACAGAGAUUCGCAGCACCACGAGGACGAAAAGCGAGCCCUGAGCCGAGAGAUCAUCGUCCUCAACAACCACCUGAUGGAGGCCAAGCUCACCAUCGACAAGCUGCAAGAGGACAAUGAUGUCUACAGGAAGGAUUGCAACCUUGCUGCUCAGCUUCUCCAGUGCAACAAGUCUCUUUACAGGGCCGAGCUCGCUGAGCUCCCGACUGACUUUCAGGAGCGACUGACUAUGCAGAUGGAAGAGUCUCCGCUCUGCCGCACGUACUCGGACUCCGUCCCGGCCUCGCUCAUCGGGCAGGUGCUGCCGAAGCCCGACGAGGCGUGCAGCAGCAGCCAGGCCUCACGCUCCCCCAGCCCGCGAACCCCCGAGCACGCUUUCAUUCUGGAGACCUUGGCCCAAGGGGAGCGCCUGGGUCUGCGUGCGGCCUACAAGUCCGACCUGUACAGCAGCGACACGGCCCUUUACUGCCCCGACGACCGGCACCGGGAGCGCAGGCCCAGCAUGGACCUUCACGGCCAGAGGAAGCUCCUCUACGAACCGCAGAAUUCCACCGACAGCAACCCGGAGGAGUGCUCCGUGGGCUUGAGAACCGGUUUCGCUCAAGAGCACUUUGCCGAGUUCCCUCCCUUGGUGGUGGGCUCCAGCUCCUACUCCAGCUUCAGCGGAGGGGGCUCCGAGGAAAAAGCCAACGGGCCGCCGAGCAGCGGCGCUUCUUCCCCGCGUCAUCACACCCUCUACAUGGACUGGAGGGACGCGGGGGACUACGAGAGGAAGAGCGACUCGUCCUGGGAGAGAGAUAGUCCCCGAGGGUUCGGUAACAAUCAUCCCUUCCAGCAGACGGAGAUGAUCCACCAGCAGAACAGCAGCUCACCCGUGUACAGCCGCACCAUGUCCUCCUGUUUCAGCGAGCCCUACGAGCCCCUGCCUCCGUCGUCCUCCCCGAGCGUCGCUUACGGAGACAGCCGCCGUGGCAGCACCUUGGCCCCCGAGGAGGAGGAGCUCAUCGGAAGAUGGCGGCAGCUGAGCGCCGAGGACUUGAGCUCUCACUCCUACCGCAGUCCCGGCCGGGCUUCGCCGUACAGCUUCUCCGAGCAGCACUUCUCCGUGAGGCCCGCCAAGAUCCGCCUGGGGCCGCUCUACAGCAGCUUCCAGGAGGGUGCAGACUACUACCACCAGCAGGGGGCCGGCGUCAUGCAGGAUCCGGUUUGGGUGGCCGCGAGUCCAGAGUGCAGCCCGGUGCUCCGCCAGGCUCACAGCCAAGCCCACUUGUACGACGAUGGCCAAGGCUCCGAGCGCAGCCUCUACCACUCGGGCAACUCCAAAGACCGAGAGGGUAAUGAGGCAUCUGGAGGCCAAAGUGUCGAUUACGGGGACCAAAGCCCCAACAGCUCCACCGAAUCCCUCAACCGCCGGUCCCUGGAGAUGGCGGCGGACCUUCAGCACUUCCAGGCGGAGAUGCACAACCUGUCCACCCAGGUGAACCCAUCUUCCCCGCCGCCGGCGCCGCCCCCUCCUCCGCCGUACCACCAAAAAUUUGGCUCUCUGGGGCUUACCCGGAAAGACAGUCUGACCAAGGCGCAGUUGUACGGAACACUCCUCAACUGAAGAACCUUACAGAACAACGGGAAUCGAAGCCACAGAACUGUAUGUGUUGUGAACAUGUGACUCGUGAGGGAAGUAAGUCAUGUCAGUGAGAGACCAAUAUACAUUUGUAACAAAAAGGUGCGCAGUUGGGACCUUGACUUACGAGUUUUCCGAGUCGACGGCAGGUUGACGCUCAAAAAUACAAAAUGAAAACAGGGAAAAAUACUCGACACUCAACUAACUGCAUGGUUGAAUGGCUAACUGGAGCUAGAGUCCGAGCUCCUGACAUCACUAACUAGGCGGCGACCCUUCAAGGCAACACGUGAAUACUAGUGUCUGAGUGACUUCGUGCUUGAUUACCGUAAUUCCCGGGCUAUAGAGCGCACCUGGUGGUAAGCCUCACCCGGUACAUUUGUAAAGGAAAUACUAUUUGGUACAGACAUACGCCGCAGCUGUGGAAAAGCCGCAAGUGCCCACAUUGAAACACGAGAUUUCUACAGAGAAAGACGGUACACAGAGUUUAACGCUCGCGCCGCCACGCUAACUCUUACGUUAACACUAGUUACGCGCUAGCAGGGCCAGUUAAAAAAAAAAAAAACAUACAAAAAUCACUGAGAUACAGCAGUAACAUGCUAGCGCAGCACGAACAGGGCUGGGCCGGUAAAAGUCACUUCCUCUGCACAUAUAUUCCACUGAUCUCGCUCUUACCUUUUCCGCUCGAGUGCCCCCUUGCGACCGUUAGCAAAAAUACACAAAUUAGCCGCAUCGCCGCAUAAACGGCAGGGUUGAAAGCGUGUGGAAAAAAGUCGCGGCUUAUAGGCCGGAAACUACGGUACAUAUUAUUAAACAAGCUCAUUUCUUGAAAGUUUUUUAAUUCCUUUUGUUACAAUACAGGACUAUUUUUCUUUAUUUAGCUUUUUAGGGAAGGGCUGGAACAAAUUGAUGCCCUUUCAAUUCAUUUCAAAGGGGAAGACCGAUUUGAUGUCGAGCACAAGCGGCGUUGCGGAAUAAAUGCUCUUAAGUCAAGGUGCCACUGUAUGUAUUUAUUGUUUACUUAUGACUGGAAAAUGACAGAUAUUUUUGUAUGUAGCGCUUCAAGUGACAGAUUUUGAGUAAACCUGGAACUUGUACAUACAUGAAUUAACAGCAGCCUGUUUUCAAACGCACUCCCUUAACUUGAUGCCUGUACUAACAGCAUUGGCCUUGUGCGACAUUCACAGCGAAUUAACAAAUACAACAAAAAGUGACAAAUAGGUGAGUUUUCCUUUUCUUUAUUAUUAUUUUUUUUUUUUUUGGAUUGAAUUUGACAGUAUCGGUUGAUGUUUUAUAUUGUUACUGAUUGAAUGUUUUGACACGUGCACAUCUGUCUCAGCAGUUUGUACUAAUUCUUCUCUUCAUAUACAGACGCAAAAUACCUGCAACCCCCCCAAACUUGUCCUCCCCCCUUUUUUUUCCCCUUUUCUACCUCAGAUUUGAAUGCCCAGACCCCCACCCAAGAAAAUAUAACCUUUAUUCCUUUUAUUAACUGUGCAUGUUUAAAUAUUUUUGGUUGUUUAUGGGCCCCAAUAAAAGCACAA